CCACCAUGGAAAAGACAAUAGAAGAUCCCCCCACGUCAGCUGUCUUGCUGGAUCAUUGUCAUUUUUCUCAGGUCAUCUUUAACAGUGUGGAGAAGUUCUACAUCCCCGGAGGGGACAUCACGUGCUAUUACACUCUCACUCAGCAUUUCAUCCCCCGUCGAAAGGACUGGAUUGGCAUCUUUAGAGUGGGAUGGAAGACAACCCGUGAGUAUUACACCUUCAUGUGGGUUACUUUGCCCAUUGACCUAAACAAGGAAUCAGCCAAACAGCAGGAAGUUCAAUUCAAAGCUUAUUACCUGCCCAAGGAUGAUGAGUAUUACCAGUUCUGCUAUGUGGAUCAGGAUGGUGUGGUCCGGGGAGCAAGCAUCCCUUUCCAAUUCCGUCCAGAAAAUGAGGAGGAUAUCCUGGUUGUUACCCCUCAGGGAGAAGUAGAAGAGAUUGAGCAGCACAACAAGAAGCUUUGCAAAGAAAACCAGGAGCUGAAAGACAACUGUGUCAGCCUCCAGAAGCAGAACUCAGACAUGCAGGCUGAGCUCCAAAGGAAGCAGGAAGAGCUAGAAACCCUUCAAAGCAUCAAUAAGAAGUUGGAACAGAAAGUUAAAGAGCAGAAGGACUGUUGGGAGACAGAGCUGCUUCAACUGAAAGAACGAAACCAGAAGAUGUCCUCAGAAAAUGAGAAAAUGGUAAACAGAGUGGAUCAGCUUCAGGCCCAGCUGUCAACUCGAGAGAAAGAAAUGGAGAAGCUUAUUCAGGAAGAUCAAGAUAAGAUAGAGCAGUUGGAGCAUCUGAAAAAGGAAAAUGGCCAGCUCUUUCUCAGUUUAACUGAACAGAGGGAGAACCAGAAGAAGCUCGAGCAGACAGUAGAGGAGAUGAAGCAGAAACAAACAACCGAAACAAAGAAACAACAGGAGUUAACGGAGGAGAAUUUUGACCUGUCAAGAAGACUGAGUGAGAACAAAAUUAUAUGUGAUGUUCUGCAGAGAGAGAAAGAGAGAAUGGAAAGAGAAAAUGAUCUUUUGAAGAGGGAGAACAGCAGAUUGCUGAGUUACAUGGGUCUGGAUUUCGACUCUUUGCCAUAUCAAGUGCCUACUUCAGAUCAAGGAGAUGCAGGACAAAAUCCUGGACUUGUCUAUGGAAACCCAUAUUCUGGUAUCCAAGAAAGUUCUGCCUCCAACCUGCUCACCAUCAAGAAAUACCCCACUUGUAAACCAGAGUUUGGUGAUAUUUGUGAUCACACCUCGGAGCAGCAGCACAUGCAGACCCUUUGUUUGAAUUGUCCAAUUUGUGACAAGAUCUUCCCAGCAAAAGAGAAGCAGAUCUUUGAAGACCAUGUAUUCUGCCACUCUCUAUAAGUGUCCCAGCUUCUUGGAUCUAUGCUGUACCUAGAUUCUAAGUAGUAGAACCUAUAGCUUCUAUGAGUUAUAGAAGUUAAGAUCCUACCUAACCUGAAGUUAUUAGGGAUUUAUUCAGCCCUACUGCCCUUAAAGGUGGAGUCAUAUCGAUUAUCUGAAGGAUAGUGUUGUGGGCUUCUACUUCCAUCUUUGUGAGUUACUCCCUUUAAGUCACAUAACUCUGUUUCAGCCUCUCACCUAUAAUGCCCAUUCUUUCAAGGGUCUCCAGAACAAGGACCCUCAGAUGGAACUGACCUAGCUAUUCAUUACAGGCCUAAGUGAUACUAAGUGAUUAGUUUUCCAAGUUGUUUCAUUGCCAUUCAAGAUCAGGCCUUGAGUGUAUUUGCACUUAAUCCUAAAUCCUAACCCUGAGGCUGGAGAUGCCAAAGUCUGAGACUUUCUUCCUCCUCCUCAGGCCUGUUUCUCCAACUGAUUGCAUUAGACCAGCCAAAAAUGGCACAGCAGAGAAUUCAGACAUCCAGUUUGGAUACCAAAGGUUCUCAUCUUCAUUUCUCAGCUUCCAAAAGAAGCAUCUUAUUCCUGAACCAUGGACAGGAACUAUUAUUUCAAUCACAGAAAACCUUCUUCUGGAUACCUCUGAUUGGCAUUUUCCACUCUUUAAUCUUCACUAUGCAGAUAACUUUAUUGUUGUAAGUCCUUUCUGAAUGGUUAGUAAGAGUUGUUAGAUGGGUUUGCAACUUUCUGAGCAGGUGAGUUUGAAUAUGGAUGUCAGAAUAAUGAGACAACUAUUGUUAAUCUAAUGCUAAAAAUAAAUUACUUUUCUAUUUCAGGGAUUUAGGUCAUUUAAAAUAAACCUUCAGUUUAUGGUCUUUUA